AUGUCAGGAUCAGGAGCUUCAGGAAACAAAUUCCGUAUGUCAGUAUGUGAAAUAUGAAACCGAAACUACCUCAAAUGGAAUGAGCGACUUGGGAGAGCAAGAAUGUUGGAUCUUGGUUGAGUGAUGGAGUUUGAAAAAAAAAAAUUUAACGGAUCGAUCGUGUUUUCCCCCUUCACCAUCACCAUCGGGGGAGACACACAGUUCAAAACUGGAGGAGAUAACGUGAAUUACAUUGUUCAAGAACAGGAUGAAGCCAUGCUCAAAUAUUGGAAAGACACCACGAUGAUUUGAAAAAGUCGUUAUUUCUCGAGGAGUCACGUCGAGCUCCGCCUUUUCCCCACCCACCGCAAAUCUCCAAAUAUACAUAAAUAUACUAACGUGAUAUAACUGUAGUUGGCACUCCCAGUCGGAGCAAUAAUGAACUGCGCAGACAACUCCGGUGCUAGAAACUUGUACGUCUUGGCCGUCAAGGGAAUCGGCGCUAGAUUGAACAGGUUGCCAGCUGCAUCAGCCGGUGACAUGGUCAUGGCCACCGUCAAGAAGGGUAAACCCGAAUUGCGUAAAAAGGUCAUGCCCGCUAUCGUCAUUAGACAAUCCAAGCCUUGGAGAAGAAGAGAUGGUGUCUACUUGUACUUUGAAGACAAUGCUGGUGUUAUUGUUAACCCCAAGGGUGAAAUGAAGGGUUCUGCUAUUACUGGCCCUGUUGCUAAAGAAUGUGCCGACUUGUGGCCUCGUAUCGCUUCAAACUCUGGUGUUGUUGUUUGA